AUGUCUUCUACAGACUGUACAUUAGGAGAUGAAGCUCCACCGCAACAUAUGCGGUCGAGGACCCUUUCACUAGGCUACGACGCCGGCGAAGUAGACCCCACGGCACUACCUUUUGGACAGCUCAACGACGGUGCCGAUUUAGAGGAAUAUAUCACCGAGACAAGAACUGGAAAUAUCAUCAGACACACUCGUUCGAACGUUACUGGUGAAGUGGCCGAUUGGAAACUGGUUACAUUUACGAUCGACGACCCGGAAAACCCUAAAAACUGGUCCAAGGCGUACAAGUGGUACCUCACAGCAAUCAUCGCAUGGACAUGUUUCGUCGUGGCUUUUGCGAGCGCUGCCAUUACCGCCGGUCUUGACGGACCGGCCAAUGAAUUUCAUGUUUCAAUGGAGGUCUCUCUUCUUACCAUCACGGUGUUUGUUGUUGGCUUUGGAGUUGGCCCUAUGGUUUUCGCGCCGUUAUCUGAGGUCGUUGGACGAAGACCCGUCUACGCGGUUACAUUAUUCCUUGCCCUCAUUUUCGAGAUUCCUUGCGCCGUUGCGCCUAACAUCGGAACCCUCAUCGUUUGUCGAGCCAUCGACGGAAUCGCCUUCAGCGCACCCAUGACGUUGGUUGGAGGUAGUCUAUCAGAUCUCUGGAAAAAUGAAGAACGUGGUGUGCCAAUGGCAGCUUUCAGCGCCGCUCCAUUUAUUGGGCCUGCAAUCGGACCCCUAGUAGGCGGUUUUCUCUAUGAUGCUGCCGGCUGGCGAUGGCUAUAUUGGAUUCAGCUGAUUGUCGCCGGUAUUGCCUGGGCUUUGAUCACUUUCACUGUUCCCGAAACAUACGCUCCUACUCUACUGAAGGCCCGCGCAAAAAAAUUACGCCAGACGGAGAAUGAUCCGAAAUUCGUGACAGAGCAAGAAAUUGACUCGCGUCCGCUGAGUGAAAAGAUUCGCAUCUUCGCGCUACGCCCUUUCCAGUUGUUGUUUCUCGAGCCCAUUGUUCUCUUUAUUUCGCUCUAUAUGUCCGUCUUGUACGGCAUGUUGUACAUGUUCUUUAUUGCAUACCCCGUCAUCUAUCAAGAAGGAAAAGGUUACAGCCCCGGUAUUACUGGUCUUAUGUUUAUACCAUUGGCCAUUGGAGUCGUUGCUAGUGCAUUCUGCGCUCCAUUAGUCAACAAACACUAUCUGAAGAUGCACGCCAAAUACAACGGCAAACCACCAGCAGAGGUUCGACUCAUUCCGAUGAUGUUCUCAUGCUGGUUUAUCCCAAUCGGCCUUUUCAUAUUCGCUUGGACUUCGUAUCCACGCUUGCACUGGAUUGGCCCAGCCAUUGGAGGAUUUCCUGUCGGAUUUGGCUUCAUCUUCUUGUACAAUUCCGCGAACAACUAUCUGGUGGACACAUACCAACACCAAGCAGCAUCUGCCCUCGCAGCCAAGACCUUCUUGCGGUCAAUGUGGGGAGCAGGAAGUGUUCUUUUCACCAUACAAAUGUACCACAGGCUUGGUUACGAGUGGGCGGGCACCCUUCUCGCAUUCCUGGGACUUGCAUGUUGUGCAAUUCCUUACGUUUUCUGGUUCUACGGAGAAAGGAUCCGUUCAUAUUCCCGCUUUGCCUACGUUGAAGACGAGGAAACCAAAGCAAUGCCUCCGUUCGACGGCGGACACUAAGAACCAGAGGCCUCCCAAAAUAUUAGAGUCGGCGGUAAUAGAGUCGUUGCAUAGAAAAUAGAGGAGCGAUCAUCUGGGUUUCAUAGAGGAAAAGUCAUCUCAUUACUCUGUUGGCCAAACAUGAGUUCGAUCUCAAGCAUCGUCGUUCUGUUUUUUUUUUUUUUUUGUCCUUUUUUUCGGGGUCAUUUGUUGGCCAUUUUUUUUCCCUGGGUUAAACUCGGUUAGACACGUUUUCUUUAUGAUAUCAUCCAUGCGAUAGACAAAAUAUAGAUCAAGCGAUAAUAUU